GCCAUUCAAACAAAGCCUGCCAACUACUUCUGCACCUGCACACAUAUCUUUUCAGAGAGAGAAAGGGCACAUGUGAGAGUCAGAGACCCGUGGAAACUACUUCUCAGUUCAGAUGGAUGUAAAGGCUGUUAAUCAAUCAAAUAUUUUGACUGAAAUAAUGUCACAUUCAAGGUGCCUAGAACAAAAUCUCUUUGUGAAGAUAAAUUAUUUUUCUCAUCUCCUACCACUUGUAAUCACAAACCAGUUCUUUUUAAAUUGAACAUGAAAAUUUGAUCAUAAUGCAUAUUCAAUGUUAUUGUGAACAAUUAUUUCAUGCAUGUUAUAGUUAUGCAACGCGUUGCUCAACCUUACAAACAAUUUUCAUUCUCAGAUGUCUCCAAGUUUAAAGUCAAAGUGAAAAUGUUGUCAUCAUUUACUCACCUUCAUGUUGUUCCAAACCUGUAUGUCUUACUUCUGCAGUACAUAAAAGAAUAUAUUUUGAAAAAAUGUGUCUGUUCUUGUUCCUAUAGGGAAAGUCAAAUGUUUUUUUUUUUAUUGUAUGAACAAAAACAGUUAUUUGAAACUUGAGGUGGAGUAAAUGAUGAUAAAGUCUUCAUAUUUGGAUGUACUAUCCCUUUAAACAGUCUCUGAUCACAUGAGCAGUUCCUCAAGGGUUCACAGAUCUGCUAAAUAGCUUCCCAGUUGUGGGCAGGUGUUGGAGGCAGUGAGAGUCUGGCUGAAUGGAGCAUCUGAAGCCUCUGGGUCACAUGAUCUGAAGGAAGGCUGUGGGAGUCGUGAGUGUCCGGUCAGGGUAGGAGGCCAGGGGACUCCUGGAUACAGGAAAUCUGUGAACGCUUUCAGGAUGGAGCUGCCAGCUGAUCCCUCAAGGGAAGGGAAGAGGAUGCUGCCAGGUGCCACCAGGGAUAUUGGCUCAGCUUUGACCCGGAUGUGCAUGCGACACCGCAGCAUCGAAGCCAAACUGCGCUACUUCUCCAAUGCUCUAAUGGAAAAAAUGAUUGCCCCACUCCAAGACAAGAUAGAAGAGUGGAAGAAAACAGCCGCGCUGCUUGAUAAAGACCAUGCCAAAGAGUACAAGCGCUCUAGGCAGGAAAUCAAGAAGAAGUCAUCUGACACAAUAAAGCUGCAGAAGAAAGCCAGAAAAGGUCGAGGAGGACUGAAGCCACAGCUGGACAGUGCCAUGCAGGAUGUGAGUGACAUGUACCUUCUGAUGGAGGAGACCGAGAAGCAGGCUGUGCGCCGAGCCCUCCUGGAGGAAAGGGGGCGCUACUGCACCUUCAUCAGCUUCCUGCAGCCUGUAGUGAUCGGUGAAAUUGCCAUGCUGGGAGAGGUCACUCACCUCCAGGCCAUUAUUGAUGACCUCACUGUGUUGACCACUGACCCUCAUAAACUCCCAGAGGCCAGUGAACAGGUGAUUUUGGAUCUUAAGGGGUCUGACUACAACUGGUCCUACCAGACCCCACCUUCUUCUCCCAGUAGUGUUGGAUCCAGGAAGAGCAGCCUUUGCAGUUUGGUGCAUCUGCCACCAGGCAGCGGACAUCGUUUGAGCAGCAUCUCUUCUCAUGAUUCUGGUUUUGUCUCUCAAGAUGCCAAUGUGCACUCCAAACCUCCCUCCCCCAUGCCGUCUGACAUCACUAGCCAGAAGUCAACCAGUUCUGCAUCCUCAGAGGCUUCAGAAACCUGCCAGUCAGUCAGUGAGUGCGGCUCUCCCACAAUAUUCAGCUCAUCCUUUGCUACCUUCCGUCCUGCUCACUGUUUUAUUGACUCCAUCAGGCCUCACUCUUACUUACUUCCUGCGUCCCCUUCUUAUAAUCAAUCCCCAGGAUCAAAUUCCCCUUCACCCACAUCAAAGAUUCCUUACUGGAAGCAGGACUGGUCGAUGGCAGGUCACUAUGAGCAGACGGUUGUGACCGGGCAGCGCAGGACGGAGGCAGCAGAGCCCUCUGCUGGAGCGGGAGGAAAUGGAAUAAUUCACCCUGAGGAUCCUUAUAUGCUGGCUAGGAUGAAUUCUAAAGACAUCACUGCCAAGCAUGGUAAGCCAGUGUCAUCCGCUGCUAGUGAGCUGGCUAUGGUUCUGACUCGUGGGCUUAGUAUAGAACAGCAGCAGAAGAGCAGCUGUGACUCUCUGCAGUACUCCAGCGGAUACAGCACACAGAACACGACACCAUCAUGUUCAGAGGACACUAUCCCUUCACAGGGAUCCGAAUAUGAUUGUUAUUCCAUGAAUGGGGAUGCUUAUAACGAUGCCCACACAGACUUUGACAAGUCCUGCACCGUCCCUCGGCAUAGCAACCUGGCUCAGAACUACCGCCGUAUGAUCCAGACCAAGCGGCCCGCCAGCACCGCAGGGCUGCAUGGAGCACUGGCUGCCCAGGGAGCCCCAACAACCAAUGGGAAAGGGAGAGGAAGUGGUGUCAUAGCCUCAGGAACAGCCACCAUUCGUAGAACCCCUUCAUCUAAAACCAAUGCGAGACGCACCCCAUCCAGUGUGGGUCCCAUCCCUAUUCGACCGCCUAUUGUCCCUGUAAAGACCCCGACUGUCCCAGACUCACCUGGAUUCCCCAGCUCUCCUCUUGUGCACAAUGGAAGUGAGGAAAACCUGUACAGUGAUGAAGCGUUCGAAAUUCUGGACUACAAAGCUUCUCCCAAGCGAAUGAGUUUACCAACGUGGGGAGCUGGUGGUGGAAGUGUCUACGCCCAGCAAACUGGAGCUGCGGGAUUCACUUCAGAAGAAGAGCAGAUGCUUGCCGCCAAUCGCCAUAGUCUGGUGGAGAAGAUUGGAGAGCUGGUCGCUAAUGCUCACGCACUCUGUGACGGCCAGUUCCCAUUUCCCACGGAUUCUCAGGCCAGCCAGGGCCACCAGCAAGAUCAAGGGCAUGAGCAGGAAGGAGAAGACAUGUUGAAGACCAUCCGCAGAGGAGUGCGACUCAGGAAAGCAACCUGCAAUGACAGAUCAGCACCGAGGAUUUUGGGAUAGUUUAGUACCGCUUACCCUGCUAAGUCUAUUGCUACAGACUCUCAGAAUAAAGAAGAGCAAUAUAUUAUGUGGAAAUAUAAGAUCGUAUUUUUUUUUUAUAAUUUAGUGUUAAAAUCUGCCAUCUAACAACUAAAGGCCAGUGUCAGUGUUACCUGUUUUGUGCGUAUGGACACAAUACUCAUCCGGCCUAUUAUUGUGUAAUUAUAUUCACCAGAUUUGGACUAAUAUCUCUGACAGACAUAUUAUGAUGGACAAAUUAUGGCCUGAAGGAUGAGAAUGUAAUGUUUAAGAUGUGUAUUAACAUGCUGGUUAUGCCACUUGUUCCUUUUUGGAGUUGCAGUUUGUGAUGACUAUGAUCGUGUUACUUCUAUGUAACUGCUAUGUUUUUGAGACAUUUCUCUUCCCACGUGUAACUAUUGUAAAAAGCCAAAGUCUUGUUCUCAGCUGAAAAGAUGCACAAAACAGCUUAUACCGCAGCUCAGUCUCAGAUGGACCAUGCAAUGGAAUCUCUGCACAUGCUGUAAACUGCCAAAUAAAGCAAAUCAUUUGUA